AAAUGUACAAGUCCCAACAGAUCAAACGGUUAGGGUUUUCAAGAAUUAAGCUUCUUGCUUCUCUCAACUCUGGCAAUGGAGAUUCCGGACCAGGCGAAAAAGACGAUGAACAAGAAAAAGAUUCGGAGUUCUGAAAGCCAGUUUCGUUUCAAGCUCGAUAACUGCUCGAAGAAGAAGGAUCUUUCUGGUGCAAUUUCUCUCUACGAGAAUGCACUCUCCCAGAACAUCAGUCUCAAUCAGUACCAUUUCAACAGUCUCCUCCAUCUCUGUUCCAGUUCUCUUCCCGAUUUCUUGGCGUCGACGAAAGAAUCUUCAGAUUCGCCUGGUGAUGACUCUGUGGUUGCUUAUGGUUUUCGCGUUUUUGAUCAUAUGUUGGCUAGAGAUAUCACUCCCACGGAAGCAACAAUCACGGCCAUGACGAGGCUUGCCGUUUGUAGAGGCGAUGCUGACUUCGCUUUCGAACUGGUCAAGACAAUGGGAAAGUACAACAUUUCUCCAAGGCUGAGGACUUACGAUUCUGCAUUGUUUGCUUACUGUUCGAAAUCAGAGGCGGAGAAGGCCUACUCUGCUGAAGAACACAUGGUCUCUAUGGGGAUUCAACCUGAGGAGUCCCAGCUGGCUGCGCUCUUGCAUGUGAGCGUCAAAUCGGAAAGGGAAGAUAAGGUUUAUUCUUAUUUGCAGAAGCUAAGGAGCUCCGUGAGAUUCGUUAGUGCCUUAACUGCGGAGGUAAUCGAACGUUGGUUUGGUUGUUCAUUGGCUUCUGAGGUUGGUAUGGUGAAUUGGGACGCAGAGAAAGUUAAAGAUGUGAUAUUGAAAAAUGGUGGAGGUUGGCAUGGGCAGGGAUGGUUGGGUAAGGGGAAGUGGGCUGUCUGUAAAUCGAAUAUAAAUUCAGAUGGGUCUUGUUUUUCUUGUGGAGAGAAGCUAGUUUGUGUUGAUAUUGAUGAGAUGGAGACUGAAAAGUUUGCGGAGUCAGUGGCUUCAUUUGCGAUGGAAAGGGAAGUGAAGUCAAAUUUCAGGGAUUUUCAGGAAUGGCUGCAGAAACAUGACCAAUAUGAAGCUAUAGUGGAUGGAGCAAAUGUUGCACUUUACAAACAGAACUUUGCGGAUGGUGAAUUUAGCCUAUCUCAGAUUAAUGCUGUCUUGAAAGACCUGUAUCAAAGAGGCGAAAAGAAACUGCCGUUGGUUAUCCUGCACAACAAACGUUUUCGUGCUCUUAUGGAAAAUCCUUCCAAUAAGAAGCUACUUCAGGAGUGGAAAGCUCAAGAUUUGUUAUACACUACUCCAAAUGGGUCCAAUGAUGAUUGGUACUGGCUCUAUGCAGCAGUAAGACUUAGGUGUUUACUUGUGACAAAUGAUGAAAUGAGAGAUCACAUUUUUGCACUCCUAGGCAGCAGCUUCUUUCUUAAAUGGAAAGAGAGACAUCAGGUCCGAUAUACUUUUGUUAAAUGUAAUCUAAAACUUCACAUGCCGCCUGUGUAUUCUGUAGUCAUUCAGGAAUCAGAGAAGGGGUCAUGGCAUGUGCCUAUAGAAGUGGAAUGCAAUGAUGAGGCAUCAAGAACUUGGCUUUGCAUUACCAGGCCAAAAUUUUGUGAACAUUCCGACAAAGUAUUACUGAACUUGGAAGUUCUUGAAAGUGAACGACUCAAAUACAACCAAACCAAAUCUGACUCGUCCAGAUUAGAGGAUGUUACAACUGAGAAGGGUAGAGAGAGUGGCCCAAUCUCAUUUCAGAUUUCUAAUAAUAAAACUGUUUCCGUAACUGGUAAAAGAAAGGAUAGAUCUCCAUCAUUUGAGCUGCAUCCAUAACUAAACUAGGCCAAGUUCACAGCUUCAAACAAAGGUUGCCCAUCAGCAUGUUUUCUUUGGCCCAUCGAUUUGUCCAACUGGACCAGAGGCUGACUAUCAAGGAAAAGUCAAAUUUUCAUUGGGUAUUGUUUCAGUGAUGCUUGAGAGUGAUAUCCAUGUGGGGAAGUUUAUGAAAUUAAAUUGACAAGCAACUGCAAUUGUGUGGAAGUUGGAUAUGACAUGUUUGCGACUGAAAUGGCCUCCAACUAGUUUAUUCUGAUCUGCGUCAAACUUACUCAUCUGUUUUAUGUGUCUUAUACUCAACUGGUUUCAUCAAAUUGUUUUGUAUCAAGAGAUGGUGUAUUCCUUGUUGACAUAAUAAAACAUACUUUCACACUGUCA